UGUUGGUAUUUGAGUGUGGUUGUAUUCCAUAGUUUCUGGAUUUUGUAAUUAUAGUCUGACAUUGAUAAUAACAUUCCGUCCAAGAAUGAAUAAUAAUUUGAAUAACAAACAUAAUGUUGCUUUAAUCACAGGCAUUACUGGUCAGGAUGGAUCUUAUCUAGCACAGUUUCUGUUAGAAAAAGGAUAUGAAGUUCAUGGAGUCAUAAGACGUUCUAGUUCAUUUAACACUGGAAGAAUACAACAUCUCUACAAAGAUCCUCUCACUCACACACAAGGAUCAAUGAAGUUACACUAUGGUGAUAUGACAGAUGGAACAUGUUUGCUAAGAUUAAUCAGCCAGAUUCGCCCUACAGAAGUAUAUAACCUGGCAGCUCAGAGUCACGUGAAGGUGUCUUUUGAUUUAAGUGAAUACACAGCAAAUGUUGAUGCCGUUGGUACUCUUCGAAUCCUAGACGCUAUACGAACAUGUGGGUUGGAAAGUACCACCAAGUUUUAUCAAGCUGCCACUAGUGAACUUUAUGGAAAAGUACAGGAAAUCCCUCAGAAGGAAACAACACCAUUUUAUCCUCGUUCUCCUUAUGGUGUGGCCAAACUAUAUGGCUACUGGAUAGUGGUCAAUUAUCGUGAAGCUUAUAACAUGUUUGCUGUCAAUGGGAUUCUGUUUAAUCAUGAAAGUCCUAGAAGAGGAGAGACUUUUGUGACUAGGAAGAUCACCAGGUCUGUAGCUAAAAUUGUGCUUGGAGAACAAGAAUACUUUGAACUUGGUAAUCUGGACUCAAAGCGUGAUUGGGGGCAUGCUAAGGACUAUGUUGAGGCCAUGUGGUUGAUGCUGCAAGAAGAGAAACCAGAGGAUCUUGUUGUAGCUACAGGAGAGGCACAUAGUGUGCGAGAAUUUGUAGAAACUGCUUUUCAGCAUGUUAAAAGAGAAAUUGUGUGGGAAGGCUCAGGAUUGGAAGAAGUUGGAAAAGAAAGGGAAACUGGAAUUGUUCGAGUUCGAGUCAAUCCAAAAUAUUUUCGUCCUGCAGAAGUAGACUUUUUGCUGGGAGAUGCCUCUAAGGCUAGGAAAAAGCUGGGAUGGAAACCUAACAUAACAUUUGAGAAACUGGUACAUGAGAUGGUUGAUGCAGAUAUCAAGUUGAUGAAGAAGAAUCCUUCUGCAUAGUACAUGCAGAAAGUAUGUUGUUAACCUGGAAAGUAACUUCUCACCAAAGUACCUUUAUCUGUUAACAUUUAUAUCCUUUUAACUUGGGACCAUUAAAGUACAACACGCAUUGUGGUUGUGUAGCUACUAAAUAGUGAUAUAAGCACAUUAAGAAUGACUAUUUCUAUUGCUGAUUCAGGUUGUUAUUUGAUAUCUUUGUAUCAGCUGCAUGAGAAAGCAUUCAUUCUAUUUGCACAAGGACAUUUUGGUAAUUUAUU